CAGGCAUCAACAAGCACACAGAUCCGGUCACUUGAAAGAAACGUUGUCAUCUUCGGCGACAGCGGUUCAGGUAAAAGCUCAGUCAUCAAUGCAAUCGCGCAAAGACAACUAGCGAAGACAUCCAGCAGUGCAACUGGGUGCACGUUCGCCUAUGAGCGUCAUAGAGUCGAAAUAUCCGGCCAGACGUUUGUCCUAUUCGACACUGCUGGUCUCAACGAGGGCACUGCAGGUACGGUACCAGCAGCCAAGGCGGAAGAAAACCUGAAGAGCUUGCUGAAUGAGCUCAUGGGCCCUAAAUCGGAUGGCAUCGGCCUUCUGGUAUACUGUGUGCGCAGCACGAGAGCCCGUCGCGCUCUUAUUCGGAACUACAACCUUUUUUACUCUGCUAUCUGCCGAAAGAAAGUCCCAAUUGUUGUCGUCGUCACAGGAUUGGAGAACGAGCCUGACAUGGAGAGCUGGUGGGAUGCCAACGGGAAGGAAUUCAAGAGCCGUGGCAUGCAUUUUGAAGACCAUGCAUGCGUCACAACGCUUCGCAAACACUCAGGCAUCUCGGAUGUCUUCACCCGUCGCAUCGAAGAGUCUUCUGAAACUCUGCGUAAUCUCCUCGUUAAAAAUUGCUCGGAUUGGGCGGUCGACGACAGCUGGUUCAAGCAGUCUUUCACUGCUGUACGAAACCUGAUCAGCGAUAGUGGGAAUAGCGAAAGGUCUUUACCGUCUACUCUCAUCAUCUGUGAUCCAUCUCGAGGCGAAGAAGUCGAGAUCGCACCAUGCAUCCGUGGUAUCUUGAAACCUUACUUUGUGCGCAUCGGCGGGGACACAUACCAGGUCCACCGCGUUCCUGCACCGGACUUUUCAUCUUCAAGUGCCGAGAAGAGGCUUGAAGGGGAUCUUCUCAUAUACUACGUUCGCGCUGACGAGCUUUCUGCAGCUCGUCAGAAAUUCCAUGCCUUUUGUACAGCCUAUCGCGGGAACGUGGUGCCGGUCGUCGUCGUGGUCAAAGGACUGGACGAUCGCCAAGCUGCCAACCAGUGGGUCGAGAAAUACAUCAUGUAUGAUGGCGCCGGACGUCUAUUCUCGACAUUUGCACCAGCUGAAGAACUCGGAGAUGAUUCUUUGAAGCAACAGGCGGAACAAGAAUUGCAGGAUCUCAUUCGACAGGCCUGUCUCAUUCGUAGCGAGAGGAAAAUUAGGGGGAAAUCGAAAAGACUUGCCCGCAGAAACCGAUUUUGAGUAGCCGAGUUACUGUGAAGGAGGAUAAUUAUUCUGUGGUAAUCUACGUGAC